CCGAACAGCUGUCCGUUUGACAACCAAACACCUGCUUAAUUGCAAGGCCUCUUCGUAUAAUUAGCAAAAAUUUGUUUUUAAGAAGAUUUAACGUGUUCUAAGUUUUAUAGUCUAAAUAAAAAUAAUUGAGUAGGUAGAAAACUUUGUCAAAGUUUUCAGUGGAGACCCGCUAACAAUUUGAAAUUACAAUAAAGGCGACAUUACAAAAAUGAAGUGUUACUACGAAGAACUGGGUGUAGCUCGCGACGCUACAGACAGUGAUAUUAAGACUGCAUAUCGCAAGCUGGCUUUGCGUUGGCAUCCCGACAAAAAUCUCAACUCACUCGAAGAUGCAAAAGAACGGUUCCAAAUUAUUCAACAAGCAUACGAAGUGCUGUCCGAUCCGCAGGAGCGCGCAUGGUAUGACAAUCAUCGGGAUCAAAUAUUGCGCGGCAAAAACUCCGAGUACACAGAUAAUUGUCUCGAUGUCUUUGAAUAUUUCACUUCAUUCUGCUUCCGGGGCUAUGGUGAUGAUGAAAAAGGUUUUUAUGCAGUUUACAAGCAGGUAUUCGAAAAGAUUGCCGCCGAGGAUGCAGAAUUUAUGGAUGAUGAGGAUGAAAUGGAGCAGAUACCAACUUUUGGUGAUUCAACGAGCAGCUAUGAAGAUGUGGUUGCGCCCUUCUACGCUUAUUGGCAGGCCUAUUGCACGAAGAAAACAUACACAUGGCUAUGCCCGUACGACGUGAAAGAUAUCAGGGAUCGGCGAAUACUGCGUGAAGUUGAGAAGCAAAUGAAAAAAGUGGCACAAAAGGCGCGCAGGGAGCGCAAUGAGGAAGUGCGCAAUUUGGUAUCCUUUGUGCGCAAGCGAGACAAGCGUGUGCAGGCGUACAGAAAAGUUCUCGAGGAACGCGCUGAACUCAACCGCAAGAAGCAAGAACAGAAUAGAUUGGAGCGAAUUCGUAAGCGUCAACGUGAACUUGAAGAGAUGCGCCGAAAUCAUGCACAAAACAACCAUCACCAUGACGAUUAUGAAGCACAGCUAAAGCAACUUGCGCAAGAUUAUGGCGACAGCAGUGCCGCAGAAAGUACUGAAGCGAGUGAUGAGGAAGCGGAGGAAGACGAAGAAGAGUCUGGAGAAGACGACUUUUAUGUAGAUGAUCUUUACUGUGUCGCUUGCAAUAAAGUAUUCAAAAACGAUCGUGCGUAUGCAAGUCACGAGACGAGUAAAAAGCACCGCGACGCAGUGGAGCGCAUCAAACUUGAAAUGCAAGCAGAGGAGGCAGUAUUUGAAAAAUGUAACGAAGAUGAAGAACAGCAGCAAGAUGAAAAAUUGCAAGAUAGUGGGACGGGAGAACUAGAAGUAGAGGAAACAACGACUGAAAGCCACAUUCUAAUUCAAGAGCAGUCGGAGGAAACCGAUGUAGCCGCGGCUGAUAAGGAUGAUGCGAGUGCAGACGAUGAAAUACCUGCCACGCGAAAGGCAAAAAAAGGUAAAAAAGCACGGAAAAAUGCCAAACUCAAUAAAUCACAAGUGCCAGAUUCAGACGAUGAACACGAAGGAUCUAUUGCGACCGAUUUUCUGGCGCGUGCGAAAAUAGCGAACAGUGAUGAGGAAGACUGGAACAGCAGCGGUAAAAAAGCGACGCGCAAAAACAAAAACAAAAAGCAAUUAAAAAAUGCUGUUGUCGAAGAAGCAAAACCGAACUCUUCAAUACAAGAAGAUAAACCGACGACGGAACCGAAAAAACUUAGUGUGACAAAGGGCCAAGAAACGACUGAUGAACCUGUUAAGAAAACGCAACCCAACAUCAAGUUAAAAGUCGAGGAGAAUUCCACUACCACGUCGCAUGUGUGCGUUACUUGCCACAGUAAUUUUUCAUCUAAAAAUAAGCUAUUUGCUCAUUUGAAAAUCACCAAUCACGGUGUUUACAUACCCAAAACGAAAGCGGAAACGCCAAGCAAAAAGGGUAAGGGUAAGAAGAAGUAAGCACAAUGAGCGCGUGAUCAAUGAACGAAAAUCGCUACAAUUUCAUACAAAAGGGUUUUCCAAUAAGAGGUGUUAUUUUGAUGAAAAAAAUCAUUGGUUUCGUUGCUUGUGUGGCACGUAGCGCCGUCUUGUUGAAAAUAAACGUUGUCCAGAUCAAUACAAUCCAAUUCAUUCGGCCAUAAAAAAGCGUUAAUCAGCUCUCGAUAGCGCAAUCCGUUCACCGUAACUGUUGCUCCAGCUUCAUUUUCGAAAAAGAAAGGUCCAAUUACUCCGCCGGACCAUAAACCGCACCAAACAGUCACACGUUGAGGAUAGAGAGGUUUUUCAACAAUAACUCCGCGAUUUUCUGAGCCUCAGAUCCGACAAUUUUGCUUGUUGACGAAGCCACCGAGGUGGAAAUGGGCCUCAUCACUCAAGAUGAUUUUUCGCUGAUGGAAUUCCGGAUCAUUUUCAUGCAUUUCAACGACCCAAUCAGGGCAUCAAUUUCUGUAUUGCGGUCCGACAAGGUGCUUCACGAUGACCCAAAAAUGCUCGAGUUUUACGAAUCGUCUGCCAAAUUUUCACCAUUUUUUAGUGAAUCUUAAUAAUUUCAGUGCGUAGUUUCUACUUGUCAAAUAUCAAAAAAUGACAGCUUCAAAAGUGGCAUCUACAGAAAUAGCGGGCUAUUCAAAAUGACACCUGUUAUUGGAAAAUCCUUUAUUUAUGUGGGAAUAUAUUGCAUCCGUCUGUCUUAUGAUUUUAAGUCAAGAAAAUGUACCUCGCCUCACUUAAGUAUCAGCGGUGCAUUAUCAAGUGUGUGUUGCUAAAAACCUGUCUUCGAUUCCGUUUAGCGUUUAUUGCACGCCAAAACUUAACUUAAUUUUUAUUGUAACAUAAAACUAGCGCUUCUCUUAUAUGAAAACUUUAAGUAAAUUUUUUAUUAAAAAUUGUUAACAACUACGAAAUUCAAAUUGAAUAGUAAGCAGUUAAGUCGUAAAAAUAUCGUAAAUUAUCUUAAGAUCUUAAAAAUAUAUAUUUUGGCCGGAAUCAAUUAUUUCACACAAAACGUAUAUGGAUUUAUUGCAUUGUGACCAAAUUUAAAAUAAAAUAUAAAAAGCAAGGUGCAUUCAUUAAAGGUGGUGGCACUAGACCAACAACAAUGUUUUGUAUGUUUGAUUGUCAGAGCCAAGUAUUGGCAAGGUAGAAAACAUAAAUUGAAUUCGCCUUGUUUCAUUCUGGGCUGACAGCUUCAUAGACACGGCGAAAGAAAAAAAAACAAAUCAGCGGAUUUACGAUACCAUCUUUAAUAAAUUCGCCUUGAUAAAAAGCUUGUAAAAAAUAAAUUAUUUGCUUUUAUAUAUAAUUGGCGCGUACAUUUUUUUUUUGGUGUUUGGCCGAGCUCCUCCUAUUAUUUGUGGUGUGCGUCUCGAUGUUGUUCCACAAAUGGAGGGACCUACAGUUUCAAGCCGACUCCGAACGGCAGAUAUUUUUUAUAGCAGAAAUACACUCGGGGGUUUGCCUUUGCCUGCCGAGGGGCGACCGUUAUUAGAAAAAACUUUUUCUUAAUUUUUGAUCUUUCACCGAGAUUCGAACCGACGUUCUCCCUCUAAAUUCCGAGUGGUGGUCACGCACCAACCCAUUCCGACGGUAAAUAACCCCAAAAUUUUGGGUGUAACCUUUGACAGCUUGCUCUCCUUCUCUGCGCACACAACCGCAAUUGCCACUAAAGUCCAAAAUCGCAACAAGCUCCUCAAAUCGCUGGCCGGCAGCACUUGGGGCAAAGACAAAGAACUGUUGCUUUCGACAUUUAAGGCAAUUGGUCGGCCGGUUCUAAACUAUGCUGCGCCUGUCUGGUCGCCUGGAACUAGUGAUACGCAGUGGACAAAGCUACAGACAUGUCAAAAUACCGCCAUUCGGACAGCGACCGGGUGCCUCCUGAUGUCUCCUACUCAACACCUACAUAACGAGGCACAAAUGCUCCCAGUAGUGGAGCACAACAAACUGCUCAGCAAGCAGUUCCUGCUUGGAUGUUACCGCAGGGUUCACCCCUGCAGACACCUACUUGAGCCUGAGCCGCCUCCCAGGCACGUCAGGAGACACCUCUUAGACUACGCUGACGAAAUUAAGGACAAAACUGACCGCAACCUACUGGACCGGACAGUCAAUAAACGACAUCCACCGGGAGAUCGUUACCACCUUCAUGAACUCCCGUCCUGUGAAUGCCUUUUUCGGAGUCCAACCACCACCUAUUGCAGACGAAGAGCUCUAGCUUCCCCGUGAGACUCGUGUAACAGCCACGGCGGCCGCUUUUAUACAUCGAUGGCAUACAUUUAUAGAUUUAUUUAGUGUAGUUGUAAAAUGAACAAAUGAGGUUUAUUUUUGUAUUUGUGACACCCAAUAAGUGAUUUA